AUGGCGGUAGUUGUUCUGCAGGCUGCUAGCAGGCUUUCGGGGUAUGAUGUGGCUCUACUAUGCGGGAGUCAGUCGCGAAACGCCCUCUCGAGCAGAGUACGCAAAGGCUGCCCAAGGCUUCUAUCCACGGUCCGAAUAAAAGCUCGCCUGCGAUGCCUUACGGCUGUAGUUGCCGGAGGGAGAUAUCCAAGACAUCAAUUUCACAUCGACUCGGACUUUUUAGUUGCAAGCGAUGAGGAUGCAUUGACAAAAUUGUCUCGCUCUAUCAUGCUGCCCAGCAUAGUCGUUGUCGUGGUCCACACAUCAUUCCAUCCACCGGUGGGUUUCUUCGCCCAGUGUUUCGGAGGCGCACCGAGCUUUGGACCCUUGACGAAGUUACGAUAA